UGCCUGUGUUAACAUCGACUGUGCCGAUUAGUCUGUGGGAUCUUCACAACUCGACUGACCAGAUUUGUGACACGUAGUCACGUCAUACCUUACCUGUAAGGUCCAAAGAAGUUAUUCAAUUUAGUCCAGGCACACAGACUCGGAAACAGACGCCUGUAUGAUGUUUGGGGUUUGUACCUUGCAGUUGAUCAUGUUCGUGAUUUACCCAUCCUCGCAUGUUUGGACAUUGUCUCUGGAUAUCUUGCUGAAUAUCAAGGAGCAUGAUAAAUGCCCCCAUCCUGUGGUGUGCCAUAGAAAUGUGUCAGUCAAUAGUCAGUUAAAUGUGACCAACUGGCUGAUCUCUGCUGGGGACCAAUUUGCUGCGUCGAAGACAGUGAGAUCGGUACAUGGGCAUGUGGUGGUCCUAGCAUCUCUCUCUCCCUGUCAGCAUACCUUCAAUCCCUCCUCCCACAGGGAUGACCUCAACAUCAGCCUCUGCUCCGAGGUCUGCCCCGACUUCCUAUCCAGCCAUACAAUGUAUAUUCAAUCAGUGUUCAGCGUCACAAACACAAAGCAGUCCUACUUUAAUGCCCUUGUCAGACCCAAUUCUAUGGAGGUUGUCAUUGGAGGCAUUAACGUGAUACUCGGUCAUGUGAAGUGGAAGACGUUCGUUGUUAUAACUUCAUCCUAUGAAGUUUUGACUGCACUGUCUGGAGGUAGACUGGCUUCUCUCAAGUUACUGCUGUAUAUGAUGGAUGAUCCCAAUAAGCCACAAGAAAGUAUUGACCUCUCCAGCAUAUACCAGCUGCUUUCAGAGAAGGACCUCAACCUUCUUGUGAUGUGUCCCUCCGAUUGUAUACAGAAGCUCCUCAAUCAGGCUCGCUUGCUGGAAUCGAACAUGUCAGUGACGAGGGCAUCUGGGGUCUCACAGUGGCUGGUGGUUCCUUCUACUGGAAAUGUCAUGGACAUUGCACACAGUCGUGAACCAUUCAAAACUGAUGAUGUUGUUUUCCUGGAGUUCAAUCCGUGCUCUAAGUAUUAUUCACCACUGAACCUGGAAAUUAUCAAGCAUCUGUCAAGCUUGGAAAAGUUUCUUAUGACAGACCAAGCGGCUGACAAAACACAAUUGAAACAGAAGUGUCCAUGCAGCCAUCUGGGCUCCAUUCUUCUUCAGGAAGUCAAACUGUAG